AUGCCGGUUCCGUUGUGUAUGACCUGGUGUCACAACAAUGACCCGAACCGUAGGGCCAGUAAAGAAUUGGACAAAAAGAUUAAUAUAUGGAUGAAAAAAUACAAGAAAUCUAUUAAAUUAUUAUUAUUAGGUGCCGGUGAAAGUGGCAAAACAACAAUCAUUAAACAAAUGAAAAUUCUUCACAUCUCUGGAUUUUCAGACACCGAAAGAAUGGAAAAAGUGAUCGAAAUUAAAUCAAAUAUAUUAGAAGCUAUUAAAGAAUUAACAGCAAACAUGUCAUACCUAAAGCCUCCCAUUGUCUUACAUAAUAAAGAUUAUGAAAAUAGUUUACAAUUUAUACAUAAUCUCGAUAUGACAACCACUGAUAGUUAUCAAUAUCCCGAUGAGUUCUUCAGACACGUCAAACUUCUAUGGAGUGAUCCGGGUAUUCAAGAGUGUUAUCGACGAUCUAAUGAAUACACUUUAAUAGAUUGCGCCAAAUAUUUUCUCGAUAAAAUCGAUAUAAUUAAAGCAGAAAACUAUGUGCCAUCAGAUCAGGACAUUUUGAACUGUCGUAAAAGGACUUCUGAAAUACAGCGGAUUGAGUUUGAAAUGAAAGUUCCGCUUCAGUUCGGUGGCGGAACUCAAAUGUUUUGGAUGUUUGAUGUGGGCGGACAAAGAGGUGAAAGACGUAAAUGGAUACAAGUGUUUGAUGGCAUAACAGCCAUACUGUUUAUGGUCGCCUGCAGUGACUUUGAUAUGCAGCUCAGGGAAGAUAACCAAACAAAUCGAUUGCGAGAAAGUCUCGACCUCUUUGAUGAUGUCUGGAACAGUAAAUUCUUAAUCGAUGCCGGAUUCAUACUAUUCCUCAAUAAACAGGACAUAUUAAAAGAGAAGAUCGAAAGGGGCUCUAAAAUAGAGAAUUACUUUCCAGAGUAUAACAAUUUUAUUAUGUCAUCCAAAGACGGCGAUCCUAACGAUCGUUACUUAAAGACCCGAUCCUUCAUUAGGGAACUGUUUUUGGAGAUAACUCGCAAACCUCCAGAUCACCGAAAGUUCAGUACCAGUGACUAUGUUAAUGACAGUUCAAAUGCUAAGAAAAGGGGGUGCUUUUGUCACUUCACGACAGCCACCGAUACAAACAAUAUUAGGCGUGUCUUUGAAGACGUUCACACAAUGAUUAUUAUCGAUAGCUUAACGAAAAUAGGUCUCACAUAA